AUGUCGCUCUCGCGCAGUCCGUCGCCCAUACCCGGGGGCGGUUGGGCCAGCCCUGGCCUGACCAUCAACACCAGCGGCCGAUCGAGUCCGAGCAGAGGUUUCUCAGCAUCCAACGGCGCCUCCACGCCUUGGGAGACCGCCAAGAUGAGAACCGCCGGCAUGAAUGGGUAUCCGUCCUUUUCCACUCAGAACCAAGGCUUCUUCACACGACACAUGCGCCGAAUAUCGAGCAGCCUGCCGCGAUUCAACAAUCAGAGUCCCUAUGCCGACAAGGAGAAGCCGGGCCGGGCAUCAUGGGCGACACGGAAGGUUCCUCUGGUGGGAAGGAUACGGAGCGUCUUCGCGCGCAUGGGCAGGAAGAUGAAGCUGCGCUUGCUGAUUCUUCUCUUGUUCUCUCUGGCCAUGGUCAUAUUCUACAAUACUCCUCUGGUGUACCACUGGCGGAGACACUUUGGUGGAGGCCAAAAGUAUGUUAUUAUAUUGGCCGCCAACGUCGGGGGAGGUGUCAUGGAAUGGAAAGGCGCCCGUGAAUGGGCCAUCGAGCGGGAUAGCGUACGGAACAAGAAGAAGUACGCCAAUCGAUGGGGGUACGAUCUUGAGAUCGUCGACAUGAGCACCAAAAAGCGAUAUGCGCACGAAUGGCGCGAGAGCUGGGAGAAGGUCGACUUUAUUCGCUCCGCCUUCCGCAAGUAUCCCAAGGCCGAAUGGGUCUGGUGGCUCGACCUGAACACCUACGUAAUGGAACUUUCGUACCCCUUGCAGAACCACAUCUUCAACGACCUGAACAAGCACGUGUACCGCGAUAUCAAUGAGUUCAACCCCCUGAACAUCACUCACCCGUUCACCGACCCUUACCUGGACGAGGAGUCGCGAAGUGCCAUCGGGGAUGGGAAGCCCGAGUCCAUCAACUUGAUGCUCUCUCAGGACUGCUCGGGCUUCAACUUGGGCUCAUUCUUCGUCAAAAGGGGUAAUUGGGCUGACCGUAUGCUCGACAUUUGGUGGGACCCUGUCGCCUAUGAGCAGAAGCACAUGGAGUGGGAACACAAAGAACAAGACGCGCUGGAGCAAUUGUACACGACUCAGCCGUGGAUCCGCAAGCACACGGCGUUCCUUCCGCAACGGAUGAUCAACUCCUUCCCGCCCGGCGCUUGCUCCGAGAACGGCAAUGAUACCCGCAUCCAUUACGAUCAGAAGGACCGGGACUUUGUCGUCAACAUGGCAGGCUGCGAAUGGGGCCGCGACUGCUGGGGCGAGAUGUACAACUACCGCGAGCUCAGCUAUUACCUGAACCGCAAUCCAUGGGAACGCUUCAAAGAGGAUCUCAUUGCCGUCCUCUGGUUCAAGCUCACCGGCCAGAAGGUCAAGCUAUGA